AUGUACAAGGCCGUCAUCCUGCCGAAGCUACUGUAUGGAGCGGAGACUUGGACGGUGUACACAAAACAGGCACGCCGACUGAACCACUUCCACCUCAGUUGUCUUCGUCGCAUCCUGAGGCUGAACUGGCCGGAUAGAAUCCCCGACACUGAUGUGCUAGAACGGAUGGGAAUCCUCAGCAUCUACGCCAUACUGAGACAAAUGCAGCUGCGCUGGAACGGCCACCUGGUGCGCAUGGACGACGAGCGAAUACCCAAACGACUCUUCUACGGAGACGUCGCGACGGGUUCUCGCCGUCAAGGAGGCCAAAUUCGCCGUUACAAGGAUACCCUGAAGUCCUCCCUGAAGUGCCUGCAAAUCAACCCGACCAACUGGGAGGAGCUCGCGUUCGAUCGACCGACAUGGAGGAGGGCAGUGAAGACAGGCGCUGCGAUCUACGAAGCCAACCGCAGCGCUGCCGCCAAAGCGAAACGUGAAGCCCGCAAAUCACAACUUCGCCCAGUAAGCAACGCCGCCGCACAACCGCUUCCAACGUGUCCUCGAUGUCAACGGACAUUCCGGGCUCGAAUCGGACUUGUUGGACAUCUUCGGAUCAACUGCGUCUCUCGAAUUGCACCAACUAUCGUGCCCCGCCCGCCUCCUCCUCCUCUCCGCCGCCAAGUAACUCUGUGAAUUGCACUGAACCACCACUCCCACCCUCCUCCUCCUCCUCUCCCUCAUCCUCAUCCACUGCUCCAACGACGGCCGCUCAGGCGACUAUCACGCGCGCAACAACCGCCACCACCACCACCUCCCCGUCUCCAGCGAUGAGGAUCAGGUCUACAACUGCCCUCACUGCGACCACACCUUCCCCUCACACAUCGGCCUGGUCGGUCACUUGCGAAUCCAUCGCACAGAGACUGGCGAACCAGUGCCUGGAGCACCAACCUAUACCCACCAAGCUCAACUCAACUGCCCACACUGCCCUCGCACCUUCACGCAUCGCAUGGGCCUAUUUGGCCACAUGCGCAUCCACGAGAGCAGCAUUGACCGCAGUCCCGACACACCCACCACAUCCAACACAUCCACCGUGCACACCCCCACCUUCGCUCCAUCCGUCUGCGCCACCACCACCACCACCAUCACCGCCGCCGCCUCCUCUGUAGCUGACACUGACACCGCAGACUUCUCAUGCCCACACUGUUCACGCACAUUCACCUCACGUAUCGGCCUGGUCGGUCACUUGCGAAUCCAUCGCACAGAGACUGGCGAACCAGUGCCUGGAGCACCAACCUAUACCCACCAAGCUCGACUCAACUGCCCACACUGCCCUCGCACUUUCACGCAUCGCAUGGGCCUAUUCGGCCACAUGCGCAUCCACGACGACCUGCGGUAG